CUGAGCAAAACUCAAGUGCAUCAAAAGACAAAAAGUCAAAGUGCUUUUGUGAAGGUGAGUGGAGCUGCAUGCCUCGGUCCCACUGCUGUGGGAUAAUGUGAACUUUAAACUUGAGUGGUCAGCUGACUCCAGAUCAGACUGCAGCAUGCAGGGAUCCUGACUAAGCUGCUCUGCAAACACCGCUCUCAUGACAGUAGGACAGGCUGGGCUGUGAUCAGCCCGGGGCACAAACAGCAGGUUCAGGGAUGAGAGGCUGACAUGGAUGUGAGCGGAUGCUUACUGAAGCAGGUGGCUAUUCCGGUUCCACAACAGCUUCACUCUCAGGGCCCGGCCAGCUCAGGAAUGCCGCCGUGUGACUGGGUGUGUUGAGAGAAACCCGGAGAGGAGGGACAAAGACAUGCAGUCAUAAAUGCAGUGAUUACAGUUCAGCCGCUGACAGUAUCCACUGACAGAGCUCAUCGAUCCUGACGUGUGGCCGACCUCAGCUUUUGGACCUGCGUAUCUCUACAAAACUUUCCGUUCUGAAACAUGGAUUUGCUCUUGGAUUAUGGAUAAUUAUGACAACAAUCUCUGUAUCAGUUUCCUCCAGAUCAAGUCAAUAUUUCCAAAGUGAAACAGGGACAGGAGUCCUGCCAUGUCUGUGAUAGCUUUAUUCCGGAACAAGUGGGGACAGAAAGCACAGGAUGCCCCGAGCAAGCAGCGGGUGGCAGAGGUGCUCCAGAGCAGCCGCAACGAAGAGGAUGAAGACGAAGACUCUGCCACUGGAUUCAGCAGAGAGCCCAUCCGCAGGAACUCACGCUUUUACCGCUCCAUGAGGAAGAAGAAGACGGCGGGCCCCACCGAGCAGACUGACAGUUCUGGAGUGGAGCACAGAGCAGGAGCCCCCUCUCACCAGAAACCCCCACUGCUGUCAGUGGAUCGACAAGCCAGCCCACAGCAAUCGCCCCGGCUCCAUCAUUUCAGAGCUCCGUUGCCAAGCAACGGUGAGGCCAGAAGCAGGCAAGCUUCAAGCAACAGGGAUGCUGUGGACAGAACAGGAGGAGUGGGAGGAGGGAUGAGGGUGGACAAGUCAGCUGCCUCCAUCAGCCAGCACAAAGACUUCACAACAGACCUGCCUUCCUAUCGGACUCACAACUUCCACAACCCAGCAGCUAGUAAACUACCCGAGCAGAGAAGUUCCACCUGGAGCAUCCAGGAGAAGAUUGGGCAAAGAAUGGACUCGCAACAGCCGUCUUCCAAUGAAGCAGACCGCCACAACGCCAACCACAGCUCUGAUUUCAGGUUGCUGAGGAAUGGAGAGAGCCCUCAGACAGCGCUCCACAGUCUCAACCUCAUCAAAAGUGUCGCCUUCCUGUACCAGGAAUACAGAGACACAUCCAAGCAGCAGGAGAUUGAGCAACGACGGCAGCAAGAGAACCUCUAUCCAGGGUCUAAAGGGGAGACGGAGGCGGAAGCGGGUGGCAGCACAUCCCAGCCAGCACUGCAGCUCCAGCUGAGGAACAGCGCCCACUCACUGAGCUUGUGGCAGAACCUGGAAGCUGUGCAGAGCAGCGGCCUGCUCAGCCGUCUGUCACAAAAUGAAAUCAUAAUGCAAGAGGCAAUGUUUGAGCUUGUUACCUCAGAAGCUUCAUACUACAAAAGUCUAGAGAUCCUAGAGACACACUUCCUCCAUAACCCCAACCUGAUCAACACUCUCAGCCAGUCUGACAUGCAUUUCCUGUUCUCCAACAUCGAGGAAGUCAUGGAAGCCAGUGAAAGGUUCCUGAUGGAUUUGGAGCACCGAAUUGAGGAGGCGAUUCUGAUUUCUGAUGUGUGUGACAUUGUUUCUCACCACGCAGAAAAGCACUUCAAAGUCUUUAUCACCUACGUUAUCAACCAGGUGUACCAAGAGAAGACCUACAGGCGCAUUCUAGAGGAAAAUCAGGCUUUUCGAGAGACCAUGGCUGCAUUGGAGAAACAUCCUUGUGUCCGCGGUCUGUCCUUUACCUCCUUCCUCAUCCUUCCUUUUCAAAGAAUCACACGGCUGAAGCUCCUUGUGCAGAACAUCCUGAAGACAGCAGAGGAACACUCAGAAAGGGAGACAAAUGCCAUCAAAGCCCAUCAGCAGCUGGAGCAGAUCGUGCAGGAGUGUAACGAGGGUGUGCGAAAAAUGAGCCGCACAGAGGAACUGAUCAGCAUAGAGAAAACCCUGGAGUUUAAAUCAAAGUCUGUGCCCAUCAUCUCACACUCGCGCUGGCUGCUCAAAAAGGGUGAAGUGCAGCUCAUGUGCGGACCAAAGAGCACCAGGACCAUGAGGAGCCGAAAGCUCUACCAGCCCGUUUGCUUGUUCCUUUUCAACAACCUCCUGCUGAUCACCAAGCGCAGUGGGGACAAGUUCCAGGUUCUGGACUCAUGCACACGUGCCAUGCUGAGGACUGAAGACCUGGAAGACCAGGGCCAACAACUGGCUUUUGUCUUCAACCUGAAGAUGCUGGAGAACCAGGAGGAUCGCACUGUGACCUACAUGAUCAAGACCUCCAGCACGAGCGAUAAGCUACGGUGGAUCUGCGCGCUUACCCCAAACAGGCGCACCCGCUUUACGUCUGCAGGUUCUCAGCAGUCAGACUCUCCACAGGUCCAGUGUAUUCAGUCAUACACUGCUCAGGAGUCUGACGAGAUCUCCAUCGAGAUGGCAGAUGUUUUAAACCUUCUCGAGAGAACCAACGAUGGCUGGAUGAUGGGUGAAAGACUCCAUGAUGGAGAAAAGGGCUGGUUCCCAAGCCGAGUUGUUGAGGAGAUCCACAGCAAAGAGGUGCGAGCACAGAACCUGAGGGAGGCUUACAGAGUCCAGCAGGCUCACGACAGUGGAGGAGGUCCUCAAGUCGGCUCCAAAAGCGGCAUAAGAGCAGGAAGGCGAGUGGGAAAGGGCCUGGACUUCUCCAGCCGCUGGAGUGAAAGUGUUGGGGACAGCAGUGAAGGAACACAGUGAAUGUAUGACAAAGGAAGUCACCUUAAGAAGCACUAAGAGAAACUCAACUGGACUUGUGUCACUCCUCUCCUUCUGUGACAUCUAAAUCCUUAUUCUCUGCACUGAAGGGUUUCAAACCCACAUUUUGUGUGCUCCUCUCUCACAGACCUGUGGUUGUUUGUACAGAAUCAUUUGUGUGCAUGCAGUCUGGUGUGUAGAUCUAAAAUUGAACCCAAACCCUGCAGGUGUCAAGGAUUGUGUUGUUUAAACACCUGACAACUCUUUAAAGUCAGAGCUCAGAUCAAUCCACAUCCUGUAGCACACCACAAGAGGAUGCACAACACUCACAAACUUAUGCACACUGCUAAAAAACUGAUGCAAAAUGUUCAGAAAGACACAAACCGAGGGACAUCACUCACAAACUGAUGAACAAUGCACACAAACUCUUGCAUAGCGCUCCUAGGAGCAGCUGCUUGACAACAGCUUGGUAAAAGUAGACAAAAUCAUUGUGUAACAAAGGACAACAUCAUAAACGUUUUUUUUUGCUCUGUAAUGUUUUUUUUUUUUUUUACCCCACCUUAGCUCUGCUUCUGAAAUAAAGCAUCAGGCUACUCCUGCAGCUGAGAGCAAAGACAACGACUUUGAUGAAGAUGCAUGCCAAACUUUGUCAUUCCAUCUCCUUUUCAGUGACAUCAUGUGACUGCUCUGAAAUUCAAAGUGCAAGAAGUAAAACAAAGAUGGAGAGUUCUCAAUACAGCUGCCAGUCUGUUAAAACUGCAGAGCUUUUCCUGCUGAAAUGGAUCAUCAUUAGAUCAAGUAGUGGAAGCAAUUUUUCUUUGAGCUUCCAGCAGGAUUAUCUACAGUUUUUCCUCAGCAAUGCAGCUUCUUUCUCUUCUCUUCUUUUCUUUUUUUUAAAGAACAAACGUAAACGCCAGAGCAGGAUCAGUGCACACCCAUCCACCUUACCUACAAGUCAAACAGAGAGGCAGAUCUGUGGCAGUCAGUGACAGAUAAGUGCAAUAAAACCACAAAGCUGUAAAAUGACUGAAACACACCUUCAUCACAUGAGGCACUGCUCUCCUCACUCCCGGAUGAUUCUGAGCUAUAGAUCCGGUCUUUUCUGGACAAACACAAUUUUUGUGUGGGUUUUCUUUGUGUUGCAUGCUGUAAAAUGCUGUCUUUUUGUAAAAAAAAAAAAACAAAACAAAAAAAACACUGAUGCAAGAGUACAUUGUAAUGAAAAAAGCUUUGUGGUUGACCCGGUGCUCUUUGGCCUCAUUAUUCAGACAGGAACCAGUGCAGCCAAAGUUUGAUCUGAAAUUCUGCUUGACACAAAAGAUUGAAUUCAGCAGGAAAAAAAAGUUACUUCAGCUAAAUGUUAAGCCGACAGAAAAAGACAAGUGAUUUUGUAUUUUGCUGAAACACCUGGCACCAUACUAAUUGAAUUGAACUUUAUUACAGUUUUUCCCAAUUGCUAAAACACUAAGCGUCAUUCUCCAAACCAUCUGAUCAACUGCUUUAACUCUAUUCAAAAACAUCACUCUUUAGUCAAAACCUAAAACACUAUUUGCAAAACUCUAAUCUACUCUUUGCAGAACUCAAGACACAUUCUCAAGUUUAAAACACAGUUGGCAUUCACAACACACAAGAGACAAAAACUUAACACAAAGAGUAAAAACUCAAACUCUGUUCCAACACAACGAUCACCAUCAACACACAACUGGUCAAAACUGAAGACACUUGCUGCUAAUCAACUACAGUGAAAAUAAAGACAGUUCUGGAACAAUUGAUCAGCUUUUUAAAGAUGAAUAACAGAGAACGACCCCAACACACACCAAAACCUGGACUCAGAUGAAGAACAAGGUAUCUGAUGAGAUCCAGACCAUAGUUAUUGACCACAUGUUGGUUUAUGGAAUGACCAUGAGGGAAGCAGGUCAAGAGGUCAACCCUCAACUCAGCAGGUUCAAGUUGUUUCUGUAAUCUGCAUCAAUCAUAGAAAUUCAACAAGAAAAUAACAGAUGAUCUUGUGGCUGAAAAUGAAAUAAACAUAAAAUAAAAACCUGAA